AUGUCGUCCCUCCUUCAAAAGAGUUUUGAGACAGAACAACGUGACAAGAAUGGGAGCGACAACGAGGAGGACUACAUGUCUAUGACCAUUGUCGAGCCGCCUGAGCCUCAUAGACGCAAAGAACCAUACAGUGAAAUGCGACGCCGGAAGCAGAGAGAGGCCGAAGCUAAGUCUCGCGUCCCUUCGAAAUCGGAGAUAGCUGCAGCAGAAGCUGCUCGAAGGGAAGCUGCACUCUCCACCAGUUCACUCGAUCCUUCGAAUAAAGGGUUUCAGAUGAUGGCGAAACUUGGCUUUAAACCCGGGACUGCGCUUGGAAAGGACCGUUCGUCUCAAUACCCGUCCGGUGUUGAUGAAUGGAAUCGACGGCUAACAGAGCCACUAAACGUGGUGGUUAAGGAGGAUCGAGGAGGCAUUGGAAUGGACAGUGAGAAAAAGAGAAAGAUUAGGGAGCAAGCCGAGCUAGAGGUGAAAAGAGUCAAAGCUGAGGAAGGCGAUUUUAGAGAGCGGGUCAGACGUGAAAGAGAAGAAAAGAGGACCGAAACCAUAUUCUACGCCGCGGCGAAAGUUGCCGAAAGACUAGAUGCUGAGGAAUCCGAGGAAGAAAGGGAGAAGCUAAUGGACGGGCAAGAUGAGAGAGGAGAUUCGCCCAAGAAGACGAAUGCGCAAAAGAAACCGAAAUCCGAUUCUACGCCGCCAUCCCCACCUGCCGACUCACGCAGCGCGAAGCGACAGACGAAGUCAAACUCUCAAAUCAACAUACUCUAUCGCGGCUUAGUUCGCGCUCGUGAAGAGAACUUGCGUAGCCAGCAAGCUCGCCGUGGCCUUUACGACUCACUUGCUACUAGAGACCUGGCACUCAUACCAAACCCGGAAAAUCUUCCAACAUAUCGAGAUACUGAUCUGGAUGCAGAUGACAAACUUGCACUAGGCCAAACAGCAGAAGGCGAUAUUGUUGAGGUUGAAUUAGAUGAAAAUGAAAAUGAAGACGAAGAUGAAGAGCUGAGAGAGUUCAAUGCGCUAAGCGCUCAGGAACGUCUAUCCAGAGUAGUGUUGUACCUGCGCGAGAAGUAUCGGUACUGCUUCUGGUGCAAAUAUCGCUACGAGACUGAUGAAAUGGAAGGUUGUCCAGGUUUAACUGAAGAUGAUCAUGACUGA